AAAUAGUAUAAAUCUGUAGUGAUUCUACUUCCGCGAGUCAAAAUUGAUCGCGUUGCCUCAUGAGGCCCCUCACCUUUGAAAACCUGAGAAGGCUCGUUAGUCGCAAGAAGGACCGCAACGAACCUUCCUUCAAGCGCAGCGAGUCCUUCAAAAGAAUUUCUAUUAGGAAAAGUUAUCUGGACCGGGGUAAACGACGGAAUCGUUUCCAAAAAAAUUUGGAACCUGUUAUUAAUUCCUCCUCACAACAAGCAACGAAUGAUAAAAUUGUUAAUCAACAAAUUAAGGAGGGAGAACUCAAAAAGGAUCAAAAGCAUUCUCUCAGUCGCGAUUCUAUCACUUAUGAUGAGUGGCUUCAAGGAGUCAGUUCUUCUUCCCGUGAAAAGCUUCACGAAGAUCAUCUCGAAUCUCAUCAGCAGCCUGGGCCAACCAAGACCACAAAAUAUACUGAUACAGAUUCGGUUAUUGAGGAUCUGAAAAUUCUUGAGCUUGAUGCCUCACCUAUUUUAACACCUAAAUCUAAAUCCUUUGGGAUUGUUACGGAGCUAGGUCGGGAUGAGACGACCAAUGAGCAUGAUACUUUUUGGAUCCAAGAGUCCUCUGUAGAAGGAUCGCUUAGUGUUGACAUCAGUCUUGGCAGAAUAUGGAGAGAUGCGAUUCCGUUUCCUGUCUCAGCUCCACUAUCGGCUCCUUCAUAUUCCUCUGUCUCGAAUUCUUUAAUUCAUCAUUACCUAGAUAGCGCUCUAAAGGAGGAAAAACCGCAGUCAACUAUUGCAAGAACGGUUUCAGCGCCAGAGAAGCCCAUUAGCAAGGAAACUUCGUCAUCCUUUGGCUUUUCUUUUAGAAUCGCCAGAUUCGCUGAUUUCAGGCCAAGGAUGACGCGACAUGGUCUUUUUCGCCGGAAAACACCAAAGCCAUCGCCAAGUGUGAGCACGGAGGGUUACUUCAAGCGAACGAACGCAUCUAGACGUUCUAGUUCUCGUCGCCGAAGUGGUAAGAGAACUUCUCAACGCGCUAACAAGAAGAAUCAGAAACCUGCAGUUUGCAUCAAUAGCCCGGUAUGGUUCAUCCCACCCGAAAGACGUCGCUCGAGACGUCAACGGCGAGUCUGGCAAGAAAUUAGAUAUUUUCCUGAUAAUGAGAGUCCAAUCCUAAAGAGAAUUAACGACUGGUCGUCGAACGUAUCAGACGAUCAGUUCGACGAUCAAAAGUUGCUGUUGUCAGGUGAUUUCAAUGAGCGUCGGGAAGAUGAUGUCUUGAACUCGAUUGUUUCAUCGUCUUUUGGCUCUUUCUCAGCGACGUCGUCUUCGUCAUCGGCUUGUCUGGUACAAAAAAUCAGCGACUUUAACGAGGAUAAACUAUUCUCUGAAGAGUUAAGGACCAACGGUCUUCUGGUACAUGGGACCACUUGGAAGCUUUCGGCGACAACAACAACAACAACAACAACGACGACGACGACAAUGUCAACGCCAGCGAGAACGAUCAUUUCUGGAAAUUAUUUUGCCAGCAGUCAAUUCCUUACUUUUCUAGCUAAGGACAUUGUCAAGGAAAAGUCGAAAAAUGAAAGUUUCAACACAAGUUACAAAUGUCUCUCGUCACCGUCAACCGACAGUGAAGACGAUGAUGUUGAUCGCUUCAAUAAUCGCAGAAAAAAUUUCCUGCAACGACAGCAGCAUUUAAAAAGGCAAAAAUCAGAACUUAAAAGAAGACCAUUACGUCGGAGAUCGCAAUUGAGAAAAGCAUCCGCUCAGCCGGUAUUCCUCGUGCGCAAGUGUUCAUCUUUGAGGAAACAUUCCAGAGAUAUUACGCAGAAGGGUUAUGAAAAGAAACGGACGCGUUUACUUCAGCAAUACGCUUCGAAGCAGAUAGGGGCUGGAAAUGAUGAUAUCGGUGGUGGAGGUGGUGAUGGUGAUGGAAAUGGCGGUGACGACGGUGACGGAGAUGAAGGCGUUGGUAGAGGACUACAGAGAACGAGUUACGGAAGUGGAGAAGGUAGCGGUGGCGAUGAAGGAGGAGGGAGAAAGAGCUGCAGUGGUGGCGGCAACCGACCACAACCACGUGCACGAUGCACGCAACGGCGCGUCACGCACAACGAAAAGCGCUAUCACUCAGGCGGUCGACUAGCGCCUGGGGGAAUCGCCAGUCCAGCGAGUUCUGGCGGCUCCACAGGGAACAUUGGAAACUCGAACUCGACUACUGCGGCAGCGGCAGCGGCGGCGGCAGCUAGACGCGGUAAUCGCAGACUAACACGCAAUGAGAGCCGUUACCAUUCCGAGGUACGCCAGGAGGCAGUGCAGCAGGCCUUAGCGGCGAUGCAAGGACGACCAAAACCAUCCUUACCAAUGCCAUCUAAGAGAACUUCCGUGAUGGCCAGAAGCCCCGAUCGGGAGAGAUGUAAUAGCGGCGAGUCUAGUAGUGACGAGGAUAGCGUCGUCACUGAGGAGAGUCCAGGCGCGGGUGGCCCAACCGGUACCGGUCUUUCGGAUACCAGUAGUACCGGUUCCGCUCGCGACACUCCACCGCCGCCCAGACCACCGGCUAGAAGACCGCCUGGCGCCGACAUCACUGACAUUGUCGAAUACACGCCGCAUGCCUAUUGCAAUAUCCAACCACCGGACGUUACUCACGUGACGAGUAGUACUCCGAUCGGUCAGCAACAAUCGGCAACGCGGCGACCUGGUGCCGACCGGGUGAACCGUUAUGCGCACGUGGUCGAAGAUCAAAAUAGUACUGGCACCACAGGCCGCUGGAAAGUCUCUGCAAAGAUCCAACAACUAUUAAACACGUUGAAACGACCGAAACGUCGACCUCUACCAGAAUUUUACGAAGACGACGAUAUUGAACUGGAGAUCGCAGCGAAUCCUAAAGAUCCAAAUGCUCCCAAACCCGAAGGUGGUUCCAUGACAUCGGCGGUAGGCGAAACGCUAUCGGUGCCAUCAGGUUUACCAAGAUCUCUCGAAGCUGCUAUUCAAAGGUAUGGCUCUGCAACAUAUAAAGCGCCUGUGGCUACCGUCUUGGAUCCUAAUGGCAAGCUUUGCGUAACACUUACAUAUGGUAAACUAUUCAGUCGUUCUCACAAGAUUGCCUAUACGCUUCUGAAUAAGGCUUUAAGUCGCAGUGGAGAUUGCUGUCUGAAACCUGGAGACAGGAUCGCCCUAGUUUAUCCGAACAAUGAUCCAAUAAGCUUCAUGUGCGCGUUUUAUGGCUGUCUUCAAGCCGGUAUCGUGCCAGUACCCAUCGAAGUACCUCUGACUCGUCGUGAUGCAGGUUCUCAACAGAUUGGAUUUCUCUUAGGAAGCUGUGGAAUUCAGGUGGCAUUGACUAGUGAAGCGUGUCUAAAAGGUUUGCCAAAGACGGCAGCUGGUGAAGUAAUAGCCUUUAAGGGCUGGCCAAAACUGCAUUGGUUUGUUACUGAGCAUCUAGGUAAAAUGCCCAAAGAUUGGCUACCGCCACCACGGCUUACCGAUGACACGCCCGCGUAUAUUGAAUAUACGACCGAUAAAGAUGGUUCCGUGAUGGGUGUGACCAUUACCAGGGCAGCAAUGAUGGCCCACUGUCGCGCUCUCACACAAGCUUGCGGUUACACCGAAGGCGAGAAUGCUGUCUGCGUACUUGACUUUAAGCGGGAAGUCGGCCUCUGGCACAGUACUUUAACCAGUGUACUAAACGGCAUGCACGUCAUUUUUAUCCCUUAUGCCCUAAUGAAGGUCAAUCCUGCUAGCUGGAUGCAGAUGAUUACGAAGCAUCGUGCUAGCGUCGCCGUCGUAAAAUCGCGAGAUCUUCACUGGGGUCUGUUGGCAACUAAGGAUCACAAGGACAUCUCUCUGGCAUCAUUGCGGUUACUGCUCGUUGCAGAUGGCGCAAAUCCGUGGUCUCUUUCAUCCUGCGAUCAAUUUCUCUCAGUGUUCCAAUCAAAAGGACUUAGACCGGAUGCUGUCUGUCCUUGCGCUUCUUCAAGCGAGGCCCUCACAGUGUCAGUACGAAGGCCAGGACGCGCAGGAGUAAAUGCGACUGGUCGUGGGGUUCUUUCUAUGUCCGGUCUAAGUAUAGUAGUCGUUAUUAAAAUGGAAGGGCAGCCACUUAUUUGUAAGACGGACGAAGUAGGUGAAAUUUGCGUACACAGUGCAGCCACCGGUAGUCAAUAUUGGGGCUUGCAAGGUCUUACCAACAAUACAUUCAAGAUAUUGCCCUUACAAGUCGAUGGUACUGCUUUGAGUGAUGUAGAAUAUACGCGUUCUGGUUUGCUGGGUUUUCUUGGUCCUGGAGGACUUGUAUUUGUUUGUGGAUCACGGGACGGUCUCAUGACGGUGACUGGCAGGAAACACAAUGCCGAUGACAUUAUUGCCACUGUAUUAGCGGUAGAACCAAUGAAAUUUAUCUAUCGCGGUAGAAUCGCCGUUUUCAGUGUGAGAGUCCUUAGAGACGAAAGGAUAUGUGUCGUAGCCGAACAACGGCCUGAUUGUAGUGAGGAAGAGAGUUUCCAGUGGAUGUCUCGAGUAUUACAAGCGGUCGACUCGAUUCAUGCAGUAGGAAUAUAUUGUCUUGCUUUGGUACCACCUAAUUAUUUACCCAAAACGCCAUUGGGUGGUAUUCAUCUUUCGGAAACGAAACGCCGCUUCCUCGAGGGUACUCUCCAUCCGGCUAAUGUGCUCCUCUGCCCUCACACAUGUGUUACUAAUUUACCAAAACCGCGCGAAAUCCAUUCAGAUGUUGGACCAGCCAGUGUUAUGGUAGGAAAUAUUGUCCAAGGCAAUCGAUUGGCUUCUGCCCAGGGACGAGAUAUGGGUGUCCUAGACGAGGAUAGUGAUAAUGCUAAAAAGUACCAAUUCAUUUCUGAAAUUCUACGGUGGCGCGCUGUCAGUACUUCAGAUCAUGUGAUAUUUACGUCGUUAAACGCGAAAGGCACCGUGGCUACCUCAUUAUCCUGCUCGCAAUUGCAUAAAAAAGCUGAGAGGAUCGGGAAUUUACUCUUGGAUCGAGGAAGGAUUAACACUGGAGACCAUGUAGCACUCAUUUUCCCACCUGGUACUGAUCUAAUAUGCGCGUUUUACGGUUGUUUAUAUGUUGGCGCUGUGCCGGUAACCAUUAGACCACCUCAUCCUCAAAAUCUUCAAACGACCUUGCCGACUGUUCGCAUGAUCGUGGACGUCAGUAAAUCUGUUCUCGUAUUGACUAACCAGAAUCUACUUAAAUUAUUGAAGACAAAGGAAGCAAACAAUGUGGUCGACGUGAAGAGUUGGCCAAUGAUUUUAGAUAUGGACGACAUGCCAAAGAAGAAGCUACCGGUAAUGUAUCGAGCACCUACCGCGGAAAUGCUGGCCUAUCUCGACUUCAGUGUUUCGACAACGGGUAUGCUCGCUGGCAUCAAGAUGUCUCAUGCAGCAGUUACUUCGUUGUGCCGUGCCAUGAAGCUAGCAUGUGAACUCUAUCCUUCCAGACACAUCGCUCUCUGUCUGGAUCCAUACUCGGGUCUUGGUUUUGCCUUAUGGUGUCUCAGCAGUAUAUACAGUGGACAUCAUUCUAUACUUAUACCACCAUCCGAGGUGGAAGCCAAUCCUGCACUUUGGUUAUCAGCAGUUAGCCAAUCUAGAGUAAGAGAUACGUUUUGCUCAUACGGCGUUAUGGAACUGUGCACGAAGGGACUCGGUUCCUCGGUACACACACUCAAGGCGCGAGGCGUCAGUCUGGCAUGUGUGAGAACAUGUGUCGUUGUCGCCGAGGAGAGACCACGAAUAGCGUUAACAACGAGUUUUAGUAAGCUAUUCUCUGCACUCGGUCUGAGUCCGCGCGCGGUCUCCACUUCAUUCGGUUGUAGAGUAAACACUGCCAUUUGCUUACAGGGAGCAUCCAGUCCGGAGCCCUCAACAGUCUAUGUAGAUCUUCGUGCAUUACGUAAUGACCGAGUGUCUUUGGUGGAACGCGGCAGUCCGCAUUCUUUGUGUUUGAUGGAAUCGGGCAAAUUACUGCCUGGGGUAAAAGUAAUCAUCGCGAAUCCCGAAACCAAAGGUCAAUGUGGUGACUCGCACCUAGGCGAAAUCUGGGUACAGUCAUCACAUAACGCGAGUGGUUACUUUACAAUUUACGGUGAUGAGAGCGAUUACGCUGAUCAUUUUAACGCGCGACUAGUUACUGGCAAUACGAGCGAAGUCUAUGCAAGGACUGGCUAUCUUGGUUUUUUGAGAAGGACCGAGAGCAUUCAGCAGUCGGUAAUUAGCGAUGUACCCGGUGAUACUAAUGUACCCGAGGCUGAUCUCGUUCCAAACGAUCCAGAACUUCAUGAUGCUGUAUUCGUCGUCGGCGCUCUCGACGAGGCCAUUCUACUACGAGGUAUGCGCUAUCAUCCAAUAGACAUCGAAAAUAGUGUCAUGCGGUGUCACAAGAAAAUUGCAGAAUGCGCUGUGUUCACAUGGACCAACUUGCUAGUGGUAGUGGUAGAAUUGGACGGUAGCGAAAGCGAGGCCCUCGAUCUUGUAGCUUUGGUGACGAGUGCUGUGCUCGAAGAACACCAUUUGGUAGUUGGCGUAGUAGUUGUAGUGGACCCCGGUGUGGUACCUAUUAAUUCACGCGGUGAGAAACAACGGAUGCAUUUGCGUGAUGGCUUUCUCGCGGACCAGCUCGAUCCUAUCUAUGUGGCGUACAAUAUGUAAAUGG